UAACCUUCCUUUUAAAGUUUUAAACGGUUAUUUUUAUGUUUCUCUUAAUUUGAGGGGCAUUUUGCAAUUUCCUAAUUUGGCUGAAUUUCGUGAAUUUCACUUUUGUUUAAGUUCAAUAUUUUAGUCCUGGGUCAUUCAGAUCACUUGGUUUGCAUUAUAUACUGUCUUAAACAAUAAUUAUUUACCGAAGUGCCCACCUUGGCUUUUGUGCAGGUCCCAACGAAGCCAGCUGGUUAAACUCUUUUUUAACUCAACACCAACUUCCGUUCUCUGUCAAAUUGGUGACUUUGGAUGUGGACCAGGGGGUUGGACACCGGUCAUGAAGAUAAACGGCAGCGAGGUAUGAAAUUUGUGGAUGAGAUUUGUUAUCCAAAUUUCUCCAAAUUCCAAUUCGACCCGGAAUUGGAGACGAAAAACUACUACAUGAAUCACCAUGCGAGCUGAGCCUGAGAAGGAGAAAAUUAAGGAGGUUUUAGCAAGCACACGGCUAUUAGGCAGCAACAUGCAGCGCAUGCUCAACGAAGAUUUUACUCGAUCGAUUCAUGCAGAAUCUUUCUCGAGUGCGCAAAAAGAAAGACUGUGCUGGCAGGAUGUACGUGAAUAUGUUACUUCUAAUUCCUUACUUAAUCUACGUAACUUUUUAUUUCCUUACCCGGCCAGUGUUGCCAAGAAAACCAGGCACCCGGCGUUGCCUUAAGACUAGUUACAGAAAAAGAAUAUACUCCGUACCUCGUCCUUUGCAAUUUGUCUCCCUACAAAACACUGAUUAGCCAUUUAACGGUAGUGGCUACCAAAGGAUCUAUAGCUUGCGUAGUAAGCGUUUCUGUGCGGUCUAGGAGCAAAGAAGGGGGAACAAGAGUCAAAGACCGCGCGAAGAAUGGUUCUCGUUUAAUUUAAUUUCUCUCGCGAUCAAAACCGAAAAUCCCCUUCCAUGGUCUCAUUUUGCUCCGAAACCAUACGGAAACGCUUGCUACGCAGGCUAACGGAUCUACAAACCAGAUGGUUUGUCAGAACCUGCUUAUUUAUCCUUUGAAUGACAUCAGUGACAAACUGUUGUCUCAGUCGCUUGAUAUGGUUGGGUUGUGAGAUUUACAUCAAAAGUAAAAUCGGUUCCUCACUAUUUGUGCAUAAAAAAAACUGUAUAUUGUUUAUUUACACCAAAAAUUUGACCUAGGGGAGAAAGAAUGCUUACUUUCUUCUCCGUCUGUUAAAAUCUAAAUUUUCAGUAAAAUCCACAUGACGCCAAUAUUGCGACCAUUUAAAUAACGUCAUCAGUCACCCAGCAGCAGUGCAGCACAAACUAAGGGCUUAAUUAACCUUUUAAAGAAGGCUUUGGUCGUUCUCGUUUCAUAUGAAACAAAGCAUAGUUUUCCUUCUGGACCCAUUUAGCUUUUCGUUUAAGCUGCGAAAUGUUGGAGGAUAGAUCUUCCCACGCCUUAUACGUAUAACAGACAAAAGCCGAACAAAUGAUUCGACCAUGGAUGAAUUUUUAUUUUUCUUUCCAAUGGUGCUCCGCCUCGGGCGGUACUCAAGACCUCGGGCACAGUUUCUCCCAAUACGGACUAACCUAGGCUGGUGAAUAAAAUUUUUCAUUUUUUUCCGCUCUUGGAAGCAAUCAGUUUGCAGCAUUUGGAGGAUUCCGCCCGCUCACAAGCUUGGAAAAAAGUAAAUUAAGAUAUUCUUUAGUAGCUUUUAACAAAUAGCUGGCGGAAAAAUAUUCAGAUACAAAAUAGCACAAACUAAAUGGAGACAAUGGAGGCUUAUCGCUUUCGGCAAUGUUAAGAAAGUUUUAUAGCGCAAAGAAUACAAAGGCCCUUUGCAUGACGAUUCUGCACUAUUAACGGAAGAAAGUGUUGCCAAUUAAACAAGCUUUGUUGACAGUAACCGGUCAAGUCGCGCGAAUGUUAUCUCGCCCGAAGUUAUGUCGCCCGAAACCCUGAGAGUAAGUCGCCCGACUGAAAUGCGUGAAGUGUCCAGAGAAACAAAGCUAAUUUUUGUUAAAUAAAGAGGGUGUGUUAAUAUAUCUCGUUCGUUAAACCAUCAUGAGACGAAAUAAGCGGAAUGAAUUUGUAACAUGCCUCGUUCUUUAAGCGAUGAUGAGGCGAAACAAGUUAACUCAGUCCCUGGAUUAACAACGAAACAAGUGCGAUAAAUGAGUAAUAUAUCUCGUUCUAAAAUCUUCGAUCACAAGAAGCCAACGUGGCAAAUGGUAACAGGGAUUCUACCAUAUUGGUUAGCAUGAUGAUAAAAUUUUGAGCCACAUAACUCAGCAUUUGGGGCAGGACUUAACUUCGGCCGACUUGACCGUAAACCUAGCGUGUUAAAUUGGAGAGUGUUGGAUCAGGCUUGAAAAUUUACUUCAAGCAAAAGCAACAUUAUUUUGUGGAAUUUCUGUCACUUCGCUGCUUUCUCUCCUUUUCGCUUUAAAACAAAAAAAACGCUCUUUUUUAAUAAUUUUUUUUGUUACAAACUGCUGGCUGGGUGGAAAGGUAGACCUGGGAACAAGGUUGACUUCCGUUCGUUGGGACUGUAUAAUAACUAACUAGUUCGACAUAUACUUAUUUUAAUUAACGCGAAGUCAGGAGUUACAAUGAACAGCUAUUAUUGCGUCAUGCAAUGUUAUAGCCUAAUUUUAGUCUUUCCUAUUUCUGUUCCUUUUCAUGCUAUUUCAGAGAACAUUUCACUACGAUUCAGUGCUUUGGACAAACAAACAAUCCUUUAACAUUGACGGAGGAAAGACUGGGUUUGACGCAGCGGAGACCAAACUGCCUUCCUACUGGAACACAUCCUUCUCUAAAAUCUGUCUGGGUAUGAACAUCAGCCAGGAAGUACGCUUUGCUGUCAUUGACAGGCAAGCAGACUCUUUGCAUUCUCUGAUUGCUGAUGGGCAAUACCGCAAUACCUCACUGGGUCGUGACGCGUGGAAGGCAUUGAUUGGUUCGCAGGGCUCCUUGCAGAGGUACUGCGACAAAGAAGGAUUCAACGCUUUGACGGGCGGUUCCUUGAAUACCCAAGUACAAACAAGAAUCGGUAUCAUUAGUAACAAUUAUGACCACUGCAGCAACUGUGAUUCUAGAAUAGGGUUUGGUGCAGGAGGAGACCCCGAUCACAGCAAUGUGUGUGGCAAUGUCGCUGAUGGGAGAUAUGAUCCAGACAACGGUGGCAAAAAUAUAAAGGGAAUCGGUUAUAUCUUGGUGCAGUGAAAAAAAGCUACUUACCCUGAAAGUCGAAUUCAUUCAAUGCACUUUGGUAAAUUAAUUAUUGAAAACUGAGUCGUAACCGUGUCAAAAACAAAAUGCUCAAAAUUUUAGUAUUGCAACACCAAAACCGUGCGAUUACCAGGAGCUUGCUACGGGACAGAUCAAAUCUGACAGUUUAUUAAACAGCCAAUGAAAAUCGAGUUGGAAAAUAUUAGAAGCCAAUAAAAUUUAAUUACAUAGCCCACGAUAACUAAACAACUUCAAGGGAA